AUGGCGUACCUGCACAUACACGGAAGGGAAACAAGGCAACAAAAAUGGCGCGGCGUUAUAUAUCACGUUUUGUUUUUGAACCGCGGAGGUUUUCAACCCGGGGGGCGGAUUUCUUCUCUACACGGCGUUGGUUUCUUCACGGUUUCGUACACAUACCCGAAUCCUCGAUUCAAUCAGUACCGAGGGGCAGACGCAUCACUGCGAUUGUUUGUUUUAAGAUGA